AUGUUCUUCAUUCCCGACUUUGACGCUACCUUAGGAUACUAUGAAGCAGCUGGUGUUUGGUGGGAUUAUUGGAGUGAUUUGGUCGACGGAACCUUCAGCUGGGAGUCAGCUUGGCCGGAGCGGGAAGGCUACGGCGGCAAGAGUGUGGGCGAUGUUUCGCCAGACUCGUUGAUGUCUGCCGCUGCACACAACCGUAACAAGCUCUACAUGGUCCCUUUGAGUCCCAUCCAGUACAAGAACUCUUACAAGACCAACGUCUAUCGCCCGGAGUUGAUUCUCGGUACGGUUAAGCAAGCAGACUUUGUCCAGUUCCUGACGUGGAACGAUGGGCCAGAGAGUCACUACAUUGCUGAGCUUUGGCAUGAACAGAACAGCGAUGCACAGCCGUGGUUGUACAUGAACCAGGAGCGAUUCGACCAUACUGGCUGGCAGCCGCUAGUUGCAUCUUUUAACCACGCCUUCAAGAACCGUCUCGAUGCGAACAGCAUGACACCCCAGAAUGGUGCUGUUGCGGUGGGUGCUAUGUGGCAUCGAUCGAUGAUUGACGGAGUCACUCGCAACGCCGCCGUGCAGACGGUCUAUAUGGAGAAGCCUUCCGGAUACGAUGACUGGAGCCUCUUCAACCAGGAUUUCUACAGCAUCGUUCUCAAGCCUGGACUCGAGCCAGAAUACACAGCGGUCAUUCAUUCUGAGGAUGGUCACACUACCAUGGCACUCAGCUCUGGGAUCAACUACAAUAACGGUGCCGGCAAUAUCAAGGCUAGCGCUCAGUUGAUGGAGAUCAAAGAUCCUUCGGGAAAGACGAUCAUGACAGCUAGAUCCAAAUAUUGUGUCUCUUCCGGCUGCCCUCAAGGCAUUUACAACAUGAACUACUUGGUCUCCCCAUUCGAGGACGGAAAGAACGACGCUGAUUGCAAGUCAAUUGGGGCUGAAGUCAUGCCGAUUACCUCAGAUCCGAAUGCUCCCGUUUGCGGGGACGAUGAUGAUUGGACUUGCACCGUCUGUGAUACCACGAAGGUUACACUACUUACACCGGCCUCCGAAAAGUGGUCAAUGGGAAAGACAGACGACGCUCUUGAGGACUUCGCGGCCUGGUGGAAGGAGAAAAGGUUUGACUACUACCGCGCUUACGCUUCGAACUGGUCUUCGGCUGCGUCUACUUACUUCUCUUUCGACGCCGCCUUCCCAUGUGGAAUGGGUCCGUUGAUCACUUCUGCGUGCGACUUGGACAUUCAUUGCAACAGAGGAAACUAUUGGCCUCUAGCUGGCUCCUUUAUUCUCACCUCCAUGAGCAGGAUCAACACUCUUUUCAAUGCCUGGCUUAGUGCCGUCGCUGAAGCCACCAGCAAUGCUCAGGACAUGAAGGACACCUUCAUUGACACCUUUGCCUAUGACCCUUCGAAGGACGUUGCCACGCGAUUGAUCACGUGGUUUCUGAGCCAAGUCUUUGACGUGGUAGACGGCCAGGCUUUCAGUGGACUCUCGCGGGUCAUUGGCGAAAGCGAGGUAGCCGAAGGUGCCUGGACCGAAAUGUAUGGCCUAGCGGUUGAGCAGAUCAACAAGCAACUGGAAAAGGCCGAGGAGAACAAGAUGACGACAGUCAGCGACUUGGCGAAGUUGAUCAAUAUGAUGAACGACAUCCAGACAACUACACAGUAG